CGGGUUGCAACUCUGCCUUCGGUACCUGCAGCGGCAUUACACCCACGACUCUCAUGUCAUCAACUCAGCCUGCCCCAACAUCAACACGUACGUCUACAGCUCCAUCCUCAACUUCCACCAAGAAGGUUUCCACCGACGCCACCUGCGGCCUCAACAAUGGCAGGGCCACGUGCUUGGGCAGCGCUUUCGGCAAUUGCUGCAGCGGCUCAGGGUGGUGUGGCUCGACAGCAAAUUAUUGCGGAGGCACAUGCCAAUUAGGUUUUGGGAACUGUGGUAGUAACAACCCCUCAGGCACAAGUUCGACGAAGCCAAGUGGAACAGCAUCUGCUUCUGCGACUCCUUCAGCGACUGGCGGCGUGCUCCAGUGCUUGAACGGCAAGAAUGUCCCCUACAAGAUGACCUCGGACGGCGACUACGCUGAGCUUGUCGAGCCUUACAACCUUGCUCUGGCGUAUAAGCCUUCCGUCGUUGUCCUUCCCCAGACACAGCAGAACGUUCAGGAUGCUGUUGUAUGCGCUGGUCAGAAUGGUAUCAAGGUCCAGGCCAAGUCCGGUGGUCACUCGUACGCAAGCUUCAGCUCUGGCGGCAAGGAUGGUGCGAUGAUGAUCAGCCUUCAACCCUUCCAGAACGUCGAACUUGACGCAAGCACCGGCAUUACCAAGGUUGGCGGUGGUGUUCGUCUCGGCAACCUCGCUGAUGGCAUUUACACUCAGGGCCAGAAGGCACUCGCGCACGGAACCUGCCCUGGCGUGGGAAUUGGUGGUCACUUCACACACGGCGGCUACGGACACACCUCGCGUCACUGGGGUCUUGCGAUGGACCAGAUUGUUGCCGCUGACGUUGUCCUUGCUGACGGCUCGCUCAUCAAGGCUUCUUCGACCGAGAACUCUGACGUCUUCUGGGGCAUCCGCGGUGCUGCUGACUCUCUCGGCAUAGUGACCAACUUCUAUCUCCAGACUCAGGCCGCUCCCUCCAGCAUCACUUACUUCGCCUUCCCGUUCAGCAACAUGUACAGCUCCAAGAAUGUCUUCACCAAUGCUUGGCUUCACCUUCAGAGCUUCGCCAAGAACGCUUCGGUCGUUGACAAUAAGAUCUCGUUUGGUGUUUACAUCGAUAACUACGGCACAUUUAGCUUGAGCGGUGCUUACUUCGGCACCGUUGAUGAGUUUAACUCCAAGGUCAAGGCCGAGCUUCUGCGCACUCUGCCUGCUCCCACUUCUUCUACUGUCAAGGCUUACAGCUGGUACGACUACCUCGUCCUCGUCUCCGGAAAGACCCAGAUCAAGGAGCCUCUGAGUGGCUACGAUGAGCACGAGAACUUCUUCGCCAAGUCCAUCACAGUUCCUGAGCCCACCGGACUCACCUCCGCCGGCCUGAACGCAUGGUACGAUUACAUCAAGGGUACUUCGACUGUGUACUACUCUAUCGUCAAUCUGUACGGCGGUCCUGGCUCGGCUAUCAACUCCAAGGACACUACCUUCGCUGCCUACAACGACCGUGACAGCCUGUGGGUCUUCCAGAACUACGGCUAUGGCACCUCAUCCACCAACUUCAUCAACGGCCUCAACGAUGCUAUAAUCAAGGCACAGCCCCAGACCAACUUCGGCGCAUACUUGAACUACGUCGACCCCAGCUAUGAUGCCGCCACUGCGCACAAGUUGUACUAUGGCGAUACACUGUAUGCGAAGCUAUUGACGCUGAAGAAAAAGCUGGAUCCUAACAACGUGUUCUGGAAUCCCCAGGCCAUUGGAGCUUAGGUGUGCAGCUUAGAUUGACAAGAUGUGGUUUCUGCAUAAGCGAUUUGGCGUUUGGGUUUAUGCUACCGUUGAGUAGUCAGCCAUUUUUCAGUAAAUAUAUAGACGCGCACCGACGCAUUGACUAUCGGCACAAUCAAACAUCAACGACAUUACUCUUAUAUCAUUGUUCAAUGCUGC